CUUCUUCAUCUUGUUCUCUGGCCGGCGAACGAUCGAUAAAGGUCUCUCCUUUUUUCCGUUUUCCGUUCCGUUUUCAGGAUUAAAACCUGGGUUUUUGUUGUUGGUUGGUUUAGAUAUGGCUCUGGCUCAGUUUUGCGUUUCCCAUGCUGCUCUAUUUCCUUGUCCAAGGCAUGGACUUCAACAAACAGGAAAACCCAAAAGGUCUUCUUUAAGGAUGUCAGCUUUACUAUCAAAUGGAUUGAGAAUGAAAAGUGUUUCUGGUUUGCGAGGUGCCAAUUCCUUAGGUAGCCUUUUUAUAGGCAGUCAAGAUUUCCAUUCAAAGGCUGCAUCUUCAAUGUUUUCCCGCCGUAGAAAGUCUAGCCGGUUUGUUACUAGAGCUAUGUUUGAGCGCUUCACAGAAAAAGCUAUCAAAGUAAUUAUGCUUGCCCAAGAGGAAGCUAGACGGCUUGGCCACAAUUUUGUUGGCACAGAGCAAAUUCUUUUGGGUCUUAUAGGUGAAGGUACUGGUAUUGCUGCAAAGGUUCUUAAAUCUAUGGGCAUUAAUCUUAAAGAUGCACGAGUCGAAGUGGAGAAGAUAAUUGGAAGGGGAAGUGGGUUUGUUGCUGUUGAGAUUCCUUUCACCCCACGUGCAAAACGUGUGUUGGAACUCUCAUUGGAGGAAGCCCGUCAGCUUGGACAUAAUUAUAUUGGAUCAGAGCAUCUUCUUUUGGGGCUCCUUCGGGAAGGUGAAGGUGUAGCAGCUCGUGUUCUUGAGAAUUUAGGUGCUGAUCCGAGUAAUAUCCGCACACAGGUUAUUCGCAUGGUUGGUGAGGGUAAUGAAGUUGGUGUCGUUCCUGGAGGAUCAACCAGUAGUAAUAAGAUGCCAACACUGGAGGAAUAUGGAACUAAUUUGACUAAACUAGCUGAGGAGGGUAAAUUGGAUCCUGUUGUUGGGAGGCAGACACAAAUAGAACGUGUUACCCAAAUUUUAGGCAGGCGGACUAAAAACAAUCCAUGUCUUAUUGGAGAACCUGGUGUAGGAAAAACGGCAAUUGCUGAAGGUCUUGCACAACGUAUUGCUAGUGGUGAUGUUCCUGAAACAAUUGAGGGGAAGAAGGUUAUAACUCUGGAUAUGGGUCUUCUGGUUGCUGGAACAAAAUACCGAGGAGAAUUUGAGGAAAGAUUGAAGAAGUUGAUGGAGGAGAUCAAACAAAGUGAUGAAAUAAUUUUGUUUAUUGAUGAGGUGCACACUUUAAUUGGUGCAGGUGCUGCAGAAGGAGCGAUUGAUGCUGCUAAUAUCUUGAAGCCAGCCCUUGCAAGAGGUGAAUUGCAGUGUAUUGGAGCUACAACACUGGAUGAGUACAGAAAGCACAUCGAGAAAGACCCAGCUUUGGAAAGACGUUUCCAGCCAGUCAGAGUGCCUGAACCAUCUGUUGAAGAAGCUAUACAAAUUUUGAGAGGUUUAAGGGAGCGUUAUGAAAUUCACCACAAGCUACGUUAUACAGAUGAAGCUCUAGAAGCAGCCGCAAAGCUUUCAUACCAGUACAUCAGUGACCGUUUUCUUCCCGACAAGGCAAUUGACUUGAUUGAUGAAGCUGGUUCUCGUGUUCGGCUUCGUCAUGCUCAGCUCCCUGAGGAAGCUAGAGAGCUUGAAAAAGAGCUCAGGCAGAUCACCAAGUCAAAGAAUGAAGCCGUUCGUAGCCAGGACUUCGAGAAGGUAAGGCCGGUGAAUUGCGUGAUCGAGAACUUGAGCUCAGGACUCAGAUUGAUGCCAUCCAAAUGAAAAACAAGGA